GAAGAGACCCUGUCUUUUGGUUGGUCUCAGCCGGGCCUGGACAAGCUUAAUGCUUUAGAGAGAAACAGCUGUCCUCAAAACAAUGCCCAACGCCAAUCUGGCUUGAGACUCAGAGCCUUCUUGCCAGCUGCUCCUCACCAGCUCGAACCCGAGUCUGCCUCAGCCUGGCCUGGUGCAUUGAGUAGAACCUUUGGGGUGGAACCUGCUGACUGCCUUGCUCUUUCUCCUCAGCCUGCUGAGGGAGUCCCAGGGAGCACAGCUGACUCGGGGAAGGUCUGGGACAACUCUCCCUGCUUUUGGGGGGGCCAGAACGGGGGAUGAGCCACGGCUGAUGAGGAGCUCUGGAGAUUCGGUGGAUCGCUCAUGACUGCUUCAGACGGCCUCCACGCGGCGUGGAGAGGAUUUGUGCAAACAUUUCCUCUCUGGACAAAGAGGAAUGCAAGAAGAGGCCGCCUGUGGUACAUCUUGGACUGCUAGAGAGAUGUGCCCCCACUUGUGAAAGUGCACGAGGAAGAUGAAGUCGGCACCCAGCAGGGCACGGCCUGGACGAAGAAGAGCAGGACUCCUGCCUGGGGUCCCCCCGUUGCCCAUGGGCAUCCCUGCUCCCUGGGGGACCAGCCCUCUCCCCUUCCACAGGAAGUGCUCUCUCUGGGCCCCUGGAAGGCCCUUCCUCACCCUGGUGCUGCUGGUUUCCAUCAAGCAAGUUACAGGAUCUCUCCUUGAAGAGACAACUCGGAAGUGGGCUCAGUACAAAGAGGAGUGUCUGAGAGGCUUACUCAAGGUACCUUCUGGUGAAUUUUGUAACGGGACAUUUGAUAGGUAUGUGUGCUGGCCUCAUUCUUCUCCUGGAAAUGUCUCUGUGCCCUGCCCUUCAUACUUACCUUGGUGGAGUAAAGAGAGUUCAGGAAGGGCCUACCGACACUGCUUGGCUCAGGGGACUUGGCAGACGAUAGAGAACACCACAGAUAUUUGGCAGGAUGACUCCGAAUGCUCCAAGAACCACAGCUUCAAUAAAAACGUGGACCAUUAUCCCUUGCUGUCAACCUUGCAGCUGAUGUACACCGUGGGAUACUCCCUCUCUCUCAUCUCCCUCUUCCUGGCUCUCACCCUCCUCUUGUUUCUUCGAAAACUCCACUGCACACGCAACUACAUCCAUAUGAAUUUGUUUGCUUCUUUCAUCCUGAAAGCCCUGGUUGUACUAGUGAAGGAUGUCGUUUCCCACAACUCUUACUCCAAGAGGCCCAACAAUGAGAGUGGGUGGAUGUCCUACGUGCCAGAGAUGUUGGCCUCCUGCCGCUCCGUCCAUGUUCUCCUGCACUACUUCGUGAGCACUAAUCACUUAUGGCUGCUGGUUGAAGGCCAUUACCUGCAUGCACUGCUGGAGCCCACAGUGAUCCCUAACAGGUGGCUGUGGCCCAGAUACCUGCUGGUGGGUUGGGUCUGCCCCAUGUUAUUUGUUGUCCCCUGGGGUUUCGCCCGUGCACAUUUGGAGAAUUCAGGGUGCUGGGCACAAAAUAAGAAUAAGGAAAUCUGGUGGAUCAUCCGAGGACCCAUAAUGCUUUGCAUAAUGGUCAAUUUUUUCAUCUUCCUGAAAAUCCUCAGGCUUCUCAUUUCUAAGCUCAAAGCCCACCAAAUGUGCUUCAGAGAUUACAAAUACAGAUUGGCAAAAUCAACGCUUGUCCUCAUUCCUUUAUUGGGUGUUCAUGAGAUCCUCUUCUCUUUCCUCACUGAUGAUCAAGUUGAAGGAUUUCCGAGAGUGAUACGACUUUUCAUUCAGCUAACACUGGGCUCCUUCCAUGGAUUCCUAGUGGCCUUGCUGUUUGGUUUCGCCAAUGGAGAGGUGAAGGCCGAGCUGUGGAAGUACUGGGUCCGCUUCUUGCUAGCCCACAACUUGGGCUGCAGAGCCUUUUUCCUGGGGAAGAACUUCCGGUUCCUGGGCAAAUGUCCCAAGAAGUUCUCAGAGGGAGAUGGCGCUGAGAAGCUUCGGAAGCUGCAGCCCUCACUUAACAGUGAGCAACUCUUGCGCCUGGCCAUGCGGGGUCUUGGGGAGCUGGGCACCCGGCCCCACCAGGGGCAUGCACCCUGGCCCCGGGGCAGCAGCCUGUCUGAGUGCAGCGAGGGAGACGUCACCCUGGCCAACACCAUGGAGGAGAUUCUGGAAGAGAGUGAGAUCUAAGGGCAGAGGCCCACUGCUCUGGCUCUGCUCCUGGGGACUCCUGAGAGGGUCAAGGAAGGAGAAGGCAAAUGAUUGUUGCUGAGCACACAAUCCUUCUCUUCCCAUGCACCAUGCCGCUCUGACAAGAAGUCGAUCUCAAAAUUCUUCAGUUCUGUAUAAAAGAGGCUGUGGAAUGCUCACAGCUUCUGCCUGCCCUUGUCAUCCCAAUAACCCCCACCGGUGUAUUUUCCAGAAUGACCCUGGAGCCUGGCCCUAAAUUCAAACGAGCCCUACUUUAUGAGGAAUGGAGCCCCACCAUGAGGAAAGGUUUCCAGUUACAUAGAAGUCAGCC